CCGGCGCGCGCCUGCACAUCGAAGCCGGCCUGGCUAGGAGAGGAGGAAGCGGAUCGCGUGGUCGCAGGUUCCACCGAUAUGGGCUCACGUUCGAUGGACGGCUGCACGUUGGCGCCGGCCUGGUUGGGAGAGGAGGAAGCGGAUUGCGUGAUCGCAGGUUCCACUGAUAUGGGGUCACAUUCGAUGGACGGCUGCACGUCGACGCCGGCCUGGUUGGAAGAGGGAACGGAUCCCAUGGCCGCAGGUUUCGCCGGCGUGGAUUCCUCUGGCGAAGUAUUUAUGUCCGUGUUAUCGUAAAUAUCUGAAUGAUUUAAUGACCGCAAGGGUAGCGUUAGAACCUCUGCAGGCGAAUCAUUUCCGCUUUGGAGGGAAGCCAUCAUCGAGACGACUUGUACUUUCCAGUUUAUAUACUAUUAUGGGCACCUAUGAAGCUAUUAUUGUUUCUCGCCGUCGAUUUGUUCGAAAACUAGGUGCUCCCGAGAAUAACAAGCGACGAAGUAUCUCAAGGGACCAUGACAUCCCAGGAGAACAAUAUAGAGACACCAAUGAAAAAGAGGGAAACUUGCAAGAAUCGAGCUGCGACUCAUCGAAUAUCAUUCCGGUAGCCCCGAGAACCUCUUCGUCCAGGACCGCCAGUCCAAGUAGGAAGACAAACUUUGAAGGCCUCACAGAGCCGCCAGACCUCCUCCUCCAUGUCAAUGCUCAACUAUAUCAUGGCUAUAGCGUGCGUGACAUCACCGGACCUCGGAAAGCGUGCCUUUUGACUUUGGGCAACCACGCCGACGGAGCGACUCUCGGAGCGGUGAUGACCUGGCUGGAGACACCAAUGACCCACACAGAGCCUCACGGCACCGGAAGUCAAAACGGCGGCUGCGGUCGCGUAGGUUUUUUAGGCCCAUGCAUGUCGGAAGUUAAAGUCAGGAACCACCUUGGAACCGGAGCUUUGAUCACUUGCUCGGGCCGGCCAUCACGUGGGCUUGAAUGAAGCAUCAUCGGCAAUACGUUCAGCCCCAUGUGACGAACCGAGAAGGUGUUCCUUGUUAAGAAGCCUACGUUUCAUCUUGGCGCAUUUCAGUCUCAGCUGUUGCCUCGCAUUAUCAACCAGGUGGAUGGUAGGCGGAGCCCACUCGGCCAAACACCCCCAGCUGUCAUGUCCAUACUCAAUGGCCUUUCUAUAUCGCGCGAAGCUCACUGGUCGAAACCAAAGAUCUUUUUGGGGCCCCGCUGAAAAAGGUGCCGUGGGAGCACUGCUUUAACUGACAGGCGAGGCGGCCAAUCGACUGGGUUGGUCUCAAAUAGACCGUCUCCAAGGAUGCAAGGUGGUUGGCUGGCCUGCAUCCACCCGUGAGUGUUGCUUUGCAUAGCCAGUUUAAUCUGUCCCUUCUUCGGGAACACUUCUCUAAAUCGAAGUUCGGGCCGCAG